GAGGCUAUGGAAGAACAGGACCUAGAAGGAAUGGGACGUGGCAAGAGAGCAAGGAAAGGCCCCUGUCCCAUCCAAGCUGGGAGUGGUGUUGAAUUCCGGGAGAGAGCUGUGCUGGAGAUCUGGAAUCAAGAGCCCCUGAACGUAGAAGUACUUUGCCGACAUUUCCGGCAGUACAGCUACCAUGACGCUGAUGUGCCCCGAGAAGUUUUCAGCCAGCUGCAUGGACUUUGCAACCAGUGGUUGAAGCCAGAGAGGCACUCCAAGAAGCAGAUCCUGGACCUGGUGAUCCUGGAGCAGUUCCUGACCAUCCUGCCCCCAGAAAUGCAGCACUGGGUUAGAGGGUGCGGUCCGGAGACCAGUUCCCAAGCGGUGGCCCUGGCAGAGGGCUUCCUCCUGAGUCAAGCCGAGGAGAAGAGGCAGGCAGAACAGGUGAGGGCUUUUCUUUCCGCUUCUUCUAGGGAAUUUCUCAUCCCUCCAGAUAAUUCCCCAGGGUUGAAGGAAAACCCUACUAGGUCUGCUAAUGGAUAG